CUAGUGACAUUUUGAUGCCUUCAGAGAUAUGUUUAACUUCAACUUUUGUGUGCUUUGAACACUGAAAUCGAAAUGAAAAAAUAUAGUUUUAUGUGAUGCGUAUAAUAGGAAAUUAGGAUUACCUUUAGCUGGUAUUACUUGAAGAACGUGCAAUUUAUUGCAAUAGUAUUUCCAAUUGUUAAAUCUUGACACAGCUUUUUCUUCAGCUAUACGCAUCCUUAUCAAUCUUUAUAGAGGUUAGAACCAGGAGGUGAUAAAUUAAAAAGGCAUCAUGACUUCAAUCAUAAAGCUGCAUGCGGUAUCUGGAGCUAUGGAUGAAUCCCCACCAUGCUAUAUUUUACAGGUUGAUGAAUUACGAAUAUUGCUAGAUUGUGGUUGGGACGAAACCUUUGAUCAGGAUUUCAUAAAAGAAUUGAAAAGGCAUGUCAACCAGGUGGAUGCAGUGUUACUCUCAUAUCCAGAUCCACUGCAUUUAGGUGCACUGCCAUACCUAGUAGGGAAAUGUGGUUUAAGUUGCCCUAUAUAUGCAACUAUUCCUGUUUACAAAAUGGGACAAAUGUUCAUGUAUGACAUGUAUCAGUCUCGUCAUAAUAUGGAAGAUUUUGAUUUAUUUACUCUCGACGAUGUUGAUGCUGCAUUUGACAAAAUUGUGCAACUGAAGUAUAACCAAAGUAUCUCAAUGAAGGGUAAAGGUUAUGGUGUUACCUUAACACCUCUACCAGCAGGACACAUGAUAGGUGGAACUAUUUGGAAAAUUGUUAAAAUAGGAGAGGAAGAUAUAAUAUAUGCAGUGGACUUUAAUCACAAAAAGGAGAGACACCUCAAUGGUUGUGAACUGGAAAGGUUACAGAGGCCUUCGCUAUUGAUAACUGACGCGUUUAAUGCCACCUAUCAGCAAGCGCGACGUAGAACUAGAGAUGAAAAAUUGAUGACAAAUAUUCUACAAACACUACGAGGUGGAGGUAAUGUUCUUGUUGGUGUGGACACUGCUGGUAGAGUAUUGGAGUUAGCACACAUGUUAGACCAGCUAUGGCGCAAUAAAGAGUCUGGGUUACUGGCAUAUUCUCUGGCACUGCUCAAUAACGUUAGCUACAAUGUCGUUGAAUUUGCCAAGUCACAAAUAGAAUGGAUGAGCGACAAAUUGAUGAGGAGUUUCGAAGGAGCUAGAAACAAUCCGUUUCAGUUUAAGCAUUUGCAGCUUUGCCACAGUAUGGCUGAGUUAAAUCAGGUCCCUAGUCCGAAGGUUGUUUUAGCUAGUACUCCUGAUAUGGAGUGCGGUUUUUCACGAGAACUGUUCCUUCAAUGGUGCAGCAAUCCACAAAACAGUAUUAUAAUAACAAGUAGAACCUCUCCUGGAACAUUGGCCCGAGAUCUAGUUGAAAAGGGUGGAAAUAGAAAUAUUACAUUAGAAAUUAAAAAGCGUGUAAAACUGGAAGGUGCAGAAUUAGAAGAAUAUCAAAAGAAAGAGAAGAUUAAACAGGAGCAAAUCAAACAUGACCAAAUGGAAACAGCGGAUGUAAGCUCCGAAUCGGAAGAUGAGAUAGAAGUAGGAGGAACCAGGGGAAAACAUGACUUAUUAGUAAAGCAAGAAACUAAACCGGGCUUCUUCAAGCAGAAUAAAAAGCAGCACCCCAUGUUUCCCUUUGUUGAAGAAAAAAUAAAAAUAGAUGAAUAUGGUGAAAUAAUUAGACCAGAAGAUUAUAAAAUAGCAGAUGCUAUUCUGGAAGCAGAAGACAAUAAGGACCAUGUAGAAGUGAAACAAGAGGAUUCGGCACCACAUCCAGAAAUAGCAACAGAUAUUCCAACGAAAUGUAUUCAAGUUUCUCGCACUGUUACAGUAAAUGCGUCAAUCACCUAUAUAGAUUUUGAAGGUAGAUCAGACGGUGAAUCCUUGCAAAAGAUUCUGGCCCAAUUGAGACCACGACGAGUAGUUUUGGUUAGAGGUCUACCAAAGGAUACAGAAGUACUUGCGCAACAGGCCCGAAGUGCAGGUGCCAGGGUUUUUAUUCCAGGCAGAGGAGAAACAUUGGAUGCCACGACAGAAACGCACAUUUAUCAAGUUCGCUUAACGGACGCUCUAGUCAGUGGACUUAAUUUCUCGAAGGGAAGAGGAGAUACUGAAGUUGCCUGGGUAGACGCUAUGAUGACUGCACGAGAUCACAUUUGUCCAGAUGCUGUAUCUGACACUGAAACUACAGAUGAAAUUCAUGAAACGGAUCAAAUAUUAACAUUAGAACCCUUACCUCUCAAUGAAGUUCCUGGACAUCAAACAGCCUUCAUAAAUGAACUAAAGUUAUCAGACUUUAAACAAAUCUUAAACAAGAGUAAUAUUCCAUCGGAAUUUAGCGGAGGAGUUUUAUGGUGUUGUAAUAAUACCAUCGCCGUUAGAAGGCAUGAAGCUGGUAAAGUCGUUUUGGAAGGUUGUCUUUCUGAAGACUACUACAAAGUGCGGGAAUUAUUGUACGAACAGUAUGCGAUUGUAUAA